AUGUCUCCUGUCACCACUGCCGCCGCCACUGCUACUGCCAUGCCCCUCCUCAAGUCGGAGAUGACGCCAACGGCCAUUGAUGCAGCAUCGCCCUCAGACCCCUCCUGCAUGUCCAACAACACCUCCUUUCCAGUUGUUAAGACUCUGUCCCUUCGAGACUAUCUCUCUCCUGAAACACGAACGCAAUUCCUGGAGGAAAUGCGCCAGUCGCUGGUGACGAUCGGAACCUUUUAUAUCAAGGACCACGGUGUUGCCACGUCACUUACGACAAGUGCCAUGAAGACUGCCCGAGACUACUUUUCGUUGCCACUCGAGGAGAAGAAGAAGAUGAUGAUUGGCAAAGAGCUCACAAACAACCAGGUCGACCACCGUGAACAGCUCCAAUUCGGGCCAGAGCGGGCACCACUCGACGGCUUUGCUCCUUCCAUCUCGCCCAACUACCACGGUCUCCAGGGACCCAACCAAUGGCCAGUCACCACUCUUGAAGCCGUCCCUGAGUUUCAGUCAACCAUCCUCAGUUUCAUGACUGAGCUUGAGACCCUGUCACAUCACCUCAUGGAAGCCGUCGCUCUAUCCUUGGGCCUUGACGCGUCUUAUUUCAGAACCAUGUUUGGCCAGUCGCCUUACUACCGCCUCAAGUGUGCCAAGUACCCCUCAGUCGAUAAGGCUGCUACUAUCGGAUGUGGUGCACACAAGGAUACGGGUUUCUUGACCGUCCUGCUCCAAGAUAUGGUUGGUGGUCUCCAGGGUCAGGACCCUAAGACGGGCGAGUGGGUGGAUACGCGUCCCAUUCCCGAUACAUUCAUUGUUACCAUGGGCGAGGCGAUCGAGCGGUUGACGGGUGGUUUGUACCAUGCGACGGUUCACCGCGUCUUGAACAACACCUCGGGCCAUGACCGGUAUAGCAUCCCCUUCUUUUUCGACCCUGCCGUCGACGCCAAGAUCCCACACCGUAUUUCUCAGCUAUUUACUGGUUCCAAGCCUCUGGUUCCUUCAAUGUCGCCCUCAUCGCUGAUCGGAGGGUCAGCUUCCGAGUGGGAAUCUGAAGAAGAUGAGCUCGAGGACAAGGUGGAUGCUUUGGGCAUUCACGAUGAAGUGGAUGCGAGAGCUGAGGGGGAGGUUGUUGUUACUGGGGAGGUCCGCAGCGUAAGAGGAACCUGGAGCAAUGGUGAACAUAUCUUUGAGACGGUGCAUCGCUGUCAUCCUGAGGUCUUUGAGCGCUGGUACACUCCUGAGCUUUAA